ACAAUAAUUGGAUUCCCAUUUAAUGCUAAAAAAAGGUCAGCGAACCGCGUGUCAUUUUUUUCUUUUCGAUUCAGCAAACUUCAAAAUACUUGUAUAUAAAGUUACGUGCUUUCUUCACAAAGGAAUAACCUAUACGCUAAAUAUAACUGUUAGUUUUAAUGCCUAGAAAAUUGUAAACAAUCAUGUAUAGCAUACAUGUUCGUAACAAUAAUUUGAAAAAAAAUGCUGUAAUCAAACUAUUGAAUUGUGAACGAAUCGCUUUAACACAGAAUAAAUCACAGUUCAACGUUAAUUAGGAAUCAAUAUACUGUCUUGUCGGGCAAUACGAUCAAUAGGGUAUGCUAUGUAGUUGUGUAAGGUAAUAUCUUGGGUACUGUAUCUUUGAUUGUUCAAUAACAAAAGAUUUUUUGUAAAUAUUAUAGAGUAUAAACUUGUUAUCAAUAUCGGCUAUAACUUCGCUAAAGACUAGAACUAUGUGUUAACCUCAAAAUUGCAUUUGAGUGUUUGAUAAUAUAUCAUUAUGGAACAAUUCUGAAGUAAACGCGUUUAUGAAAGUGUGAACUGCUCAAACUUUUUUUAAGAAACCGAUUACAUGGUUAUUCUAUGAUGAAAUUUAGUCGCUUCAAUAAGAGACUUUUUCGUGUUUUAUGUUUCAUUCAUGUAUUAAAUUUUGUGUUAAUACUCGUGUUUUAUUACAUUUCUGAUCUAACACAGAACAUUAAUAGCGCAUCAAAUUUAGAGAUUAUUAAAUCAAAAAAUAAAAGCCUUGGAAAUACAGUAAAAACACUUAAGUAUCCCGUCAAAAUGCAGCCAAACUUGACAAAACUUAUCAACUGGAAAAACCCAAAGUAUCCUAUGGACGUUAAAUAUCUAAUGGAGAAUAAAAGACUUUGCUCAGCAGUGAAAAAUUUAACCGUGCUUGUGGUAGUGAAUUCAGCAACAGACCACUUUGUUCGGAGGCAAGCUAUAAGGAAAACAUGGACAAAUGACUCGUAUUAUUCGUAUUUAGGCACCGUCAGGGUUUUAUUUCUUCUUGGCAGGAACGUAAAUUCGUCUGUUCAAAAAGGUAUAGAAAAGGAAUCUGACAAUUAUAGAGAUAUUUUACAGGGUGAUUUUAUUGAUACUUACUUAAAUCUUACACACAAGGGUGUAAUGGGUUACAAAUGGCUAACGGAACGUUGUCGAAAUGCAAGGAUCAUUUUGAAAGUUGACGAUGACUUUUUAGUGAACAUGUUCAUCUACUUUCGGAAACUCGAAAAGCUGAUGCUGUCAACAAACGUUUACUGUGACUAUAAGGUUGGCGCAAUUUUCAGAAAUAAAACAAGCAAGUGGUAUGUCAGUAGAAAUCAUUUCAGGGGUAAGAAAUUCUACAAAAGAUUCUGCAAAGGGAAGUUUGUUAGUAUGACAAAUGAUAUAAUUCCAUCUUUAUAUAAAUCAGCAACUCAAACACCAUUCUUCCCUUACGAUGAUGUGUUAUUAUUUGGCUACGUUAUGCGUAACGUACAGGGACUCGGAUAUAAAACACUCAGAGAAAAAUACAUGGAAACUAAGAACAAUGUGGCUAUGGAAUGUUUGAAAGUAAAAAAGAAUUAUUGUAGCAAGUUUGUUAUCGGUGCUAACGGUAAAAAAGAAAUGGAGACCACGUGGUUUACGAUUCUAAAAUACUUUUCACCGAAACAAACCUGAUUAAUUGAUAAUUGAAUAUAUAUCAUUAUUAAAAUAUUUGAUGGUUUCAAAUGGAAUGGUAUUUUAACCCAAUAAAAGGUUAAUAAAAUAAUUAGAUGUAAUGCUAGAUAUAGCAGGGAGGCCUUUCAGGGCAAAACUGGACACAAAAGUAUAACAAAGUAUGUUAUGUAUCAAUAUGCUUGCAAAUAUCUCAAGUUUAAUGUUCUGCCAAAACAAAAUUCUGAACAAUCUUAGAUGGCGUCCAAGAUGACCGACAUUUUCGUAAACUAUUACGGAGAUAUUAAAAUAUAGUAAAUUAUGUUGUUUUUUAUUCAUUAACGUUCAAACAUUUUUGUUAAAACUGCAAAUAAGUAGAAUUAUUAUUAUCAUUAUUAUUAUACCAGAUUUAUAUAGCGCCCUUUUCAUGAUAAACACGUUCAAAGGCGCUUUACAUAUAGCAAACGCAGCCACACCUGGCGCAAAGUCCAUCCUCUACUAGUACAGACACAGAGCGAUCUGACCAGAGGGACAGAGCGAGAUAAAGCCCCCAGAACAGAUAGAGAGAAAUCCUUUAUAGAUACAGACCUGUCCGGCUAACUUAGCCUAGCUCUUUGCGAAUAGACAGUCUGGUUCUUUAACGUGCCCGGUGUAUAGCACCGAUACACGCGAAGCCGUCUUAGUUAGGUGGGUGACACUCAAGAGCAUCUCAGAAAUUUCCAGUGCCUGGGCCGGGAUUCGAAUCCCGGACGUCUGGAUUGACAGUCAAGCGUGUUACCACUAGACCACCGGCCCACUUAAGAUCUUUUAUUAUUAAGAUCUUGUCAUUAAUUAUUAUAAAAGAGUUAUAGAUCAAAGUCAAAUUCAUGGUCAAACUUCUAAAUUGUGAGUUAUUAAGUACAAAUUAGAAUUUUCUCGUGAAAAAACCAAGGUCAUUUUGUAUUAAAAUGUGUUUUAAUAUGUUUCAAUCUGACAAAUUCAUUGAUUAUGGCGAUUUUCCCAAAAUCAACUUGAUACUGGUGUGUUUACUUAAUAUCCUUUCAGCACUUACACAAAAUAUUGAAAAACAAAACUGGCCCUUUCCAAAUACAAUUGUUCUUCUUGUGCCCUGUCGAUGAAUAAUUUUGAGUUCAGAUGCAAAGGAACUAAAUCAAUAGGGCGCAGUCCAAGUGAUAUAAUAAUACGCAUUUAAACGAAAAGCAAUGAUUUUAUUCAAGAGACAAUCACUCAAUUAUAGGACAAGGGUAGAGAGGGAAGUUCUCCUAGAUUGCUAAGAUGAUGCAUGUAAUUAAUAAUAACCCCCAAGUCAAUAAAAUGGACACUGACACUCAGCAGCGGGGCUAUAGAUUACGACAGUGGUCAGCUUUGGACAAUGUGUGAAAUGAUAAGAAGGAAUGUGUAAAACAAAAACAUUAUGAUACAAUACAGUAUAAAAUAUAUAGCUCAUGAAUUUGAAACAACUCUGUUCAAGCAUCAAUGAAGUCAUUAAAAAAAUCAAAGUUAUCAUGAUAUAAACGAAACAAAAACUUGUGAAUUAAAUUGCAUUAAAAAUGUAAACUAAAAAAUUUGAAAUAGACAUACAGAAAAGAACUAGUAGCUUAAAACGUGUCAUAUAGAUUCAAGUGUAAUUCAGAUACUAAAUCAAUUGAUUAUUUUUGAGCUCUAAAAUUACGAAAAAAAACACGAAACAUGCAUAAUACUUUGAUACAUCAUAACUGUAGUUACUUAAACAUGUCAUUUUUUCUUAUUAUAGUUUGUGCAGUAAACAAACUGAUUUAACAUUAGAACACAUCAAAACAUGAUUGUUUUAAAUUUUAAAAGAACAGUGCAGCAUAAUGUUUACAGCUUACAGUCUGUUGAAAAAAAACUACUGUGAUUAUAAAGCUUACCUAUAAAUAGUCAAAGUGUUUCUAUUAUUAAAUUCUCAUUAUUUCUUUAGAAUUUUAACAUUAUGUACAAAGUAUACCUCACUAUACAUGUAUAUGGCCACAACACUGACUCUUUAAGUACACAGUUUUGAUGGCUUAGCUUUCUAUUUCUAGUCUCAAUGUUGCAUACUUUUAUUAAUGUAUAAAAUGCAGUGAAAUACAUUUUUCUAUCAAAAAUGUGUGUCGCAAUCAACUAUGUUCACAAUGUAACUAUAUACAGCAAAAGCACUUAUUCGUUUUUAUAAUUAAUGAAAAUCACACGACUCUUUUUCAACAAGUUCAGUGUCUGAUUUCCUGAAUUAUUCCUAUGAAUUUACAUGUUUGUGGAGGUAAAUAUCAUUUACUACACUUCGCUAAGAGUUAUUCUUUGCACUGAAAAAUAGUCUUCUCAUCUUUAGACUGACAACUGCUACACACUUUGUCAUUGUAUGGUCGACACAUCUUUAUUUACCAAACUUCGCUUAAGAGUUAUUCUUUGCACUGAAAAUUAGUCUCAUUUUUAUCAGUCAUUCAUGAAAGUUAUUCUGAUUCUGAAUUAAUGUCACUGUCAUUCAUCAUAGUUACUUGAUUCAAAGUCAUUUUGAAUAAAGGUUACAGUCAUUCUGACUUGUGAUCGCAUUUUCAUUUUGACUUAAGGGCAUAGGCAUUCUGAACUUGAUUCAAAGACAUUCUGAAUAAAGGUCACAGUCAUUCUGACUUGUGAUCGCAGUCAUUGUUAUAGGCAUUCUGAAAUUAUUAGUCGCAGUUAUUCUGAAUAAAGCUCAGUCAAUCUGACUGAAGGUGAUUUAAGAUCGCAAUCACUGACUUAAGAGCAUAGGUAUUAUGAAUUAUUGUCAAGUAGAGUCAACAAAAUGUUAUAUUCUGUAAGUAAAUUCAAAGUGUUACGGGACCUUUAAAAGAACUUGAAUAUUAAAGUACCUAUACUAUUUCUUCACUAAAUGUACAUGCAGUUUUAUAGAAAAAGGGGAAGUAUACAUGUGUACUAAAGAUAACAUUGGCGUAAAAAGAGCCAGUGUGACCUUUUUGUGACCAUUUUAAAAUGUUCCUUUCUCAUGAAAUAUACUUUGCAAUUUUGUCACCCUUUGUAAAAAUUAAUUCUAAGUGAAUAUAAAUUCUAAAUCAUAUCAGUAUUAAUCAUGUAGAGCAAGAAUGCUUCAAGUACUUGACUUAAGGGGACGAUCAUUUAAUACUGAGUGGGGCUAGGGUGAAUUUGGAAAUAAAUAAUCUAUCCCCAAUGUAACUGAAAAUAGAUAAUCU